AUGCAUCAUGAUACUUCGAAGGACCAUCAGAAAAAGAAAAAAUUAAAAUUGUAAGUUUAAUUUUAUUUAUUUGCCGGAGAAUAUUAUAAAAUACAACAAUAUAAUUCAGAACUCGAAAAUCGACUCGAAAAAUGUUAGGAAAGUGGAGUCGAAUGAAUUCGGAAAAUGCAGAAGAAGAUGAAGUUUGUGAGAAAAUUGUAUUAUCAAAACCGCAAAAAUUAAUGGGAAUACGAUUAUCGGAAGCAUUUUCAAUGGAUCCAUCACUCGAUGGUAUACAAAUUCCUUCAUUUUUUAGAAUCGCAUUGGACUUUAUUGAAGAGCAUGGUGAGGUUUAUUUAAAAAAUUAUUAUCCUAUAAAAAAGAAAUAAUAUAGGUUUGGCAGUCGAAGGAAUUUAUCGACUUUCCCCACCAAAAAAUCGAUUAGAUGAAUUGGAACGUCGAGUGAAUUGUAUUGAACCAAUGAUAUUUGCUGAUGUUCAUGAUGCAACUGGAAUUAUUAAAAGAUUUCUUCGACAAAUUCCUGAACCAAUAGUUCCACCAGAAUUCGAAUUAAUUGCCGAAUCUUGUGAUUGUGGACUUUCAACAGCAAAUCAUUUAACACCACAAUUAUAUUGUCAAUGUGGAGCUGUUCAAACAAUGCGACAAUCUUUGAAUUGUAUGGAACCUGAGAAAAGAACUCUUUUUGUUUAUGUUUUUCUUCAUGCUCAAAAUGUUAUGAGAAUGGUGAGCAUUUUUGAAAAAUUCUAGAAACUAUUUAGUUUUUGUUUAGGAAAAAGAAAAUAAAAUGGGUCUUGCUGCUCUUGGUCUUCUUCUUCAAACAAUUCUGGAAAUGUCUCGAAAACUUGUUUGUUUCACAAUUCAUGCUAUUCGCCCAAUUUUCGAUGAUCCAUCUUGUCCUCCAGAUUCAAAUUUUCUCAUCGAUAAUACUGUCAAAAUCAAAAAGUGA